AUGUACGCUCCCCACUCUGUGGCGGGCAGUGUAGUUGUGACGCAGUGGGGAUCAGCGGUCGCACACUUGUCGGCAGGUUCUCCGCUGGGCGCGGGCUCACCGGCCGAGUUCUACCUGCCGCACGCGGCGCCCGCCUUCCCCGUGGUGCCGCCGCCCCCGCACGCCGGCCCCGGCGCGCCGCCCGCCUUCCUGCCGCCCCCGGUGUCGCUGCUGGGCUACCCGCCGCCGCUGCCGCCCCCGGCGGACCUGCUCGCCGUCACGGCGGGCGCAGCCUCCUGCUCGCCGCCCCUGCUGCCAGUGGGCGCCGGCGUCGUGGCGGCCGGCGUCCCCGCGGCGUCGACGGCCGACGACCUCAAGCUGACGACGUCGUCGUCGGCGAGCAGGGCUUCGGCGUCCCCCAGCGGUCGCAGCGACGACAGCGACUCCGACGACAGAGCGAGCGCCGGCACCGCCGCCGACGAGAAGCCGGUGCGUUCGGCGUUCCAGCAGGUGCGGCCCGCCGCCGCCUCCGCCACUGCCUCCGCCGCCCCCGCCAAGGACAAGGAGGGCGCCGCCACGACGGUGCUGGCCGCAGCCUGUUCCACGGGGGCCGUCCGGCCUUCGCAGACUUCCAAGCCCGUGUGGAGGCCGUAUUAG